UGCAGGUCCUGCAGCUGACACUGCUGCAUCAGAAGUACUAACCGAGACAAAGUAUUUGUACUUUUUCUAGUUAUUUAACCUGUUGUUUAUCUAUCGUUAUUGUAGUACUGUAGCAGGGUAGUAAUAUUUCUAGAUGUAGUUUUGAAAGUAUUUGUAAUAUAUGUAUUCGACUUAGAUAUUUGUGCAUUUAUAGUCAUAGCUGCUCAGGUUGUUAUUGAAGUAUUGACUGUAAGUGUAAAGAAAAAACAGAAGUAAAAUGCAGGACUAUGAGGAGUCUGUAGCAUUCCUGGGGACCUGGGGCCCGUUCCAGAGGAGAAUCUUCAUCCUGCUCUCUCUCACCUCCAUCCCAUGUGGAUACAACAUCCUAUCCGUCAUCUUCCUGCUGGCUAGCCCGUCCCAUCACUGCUACAUUCCCACCCAAAGCAACCUGAGCCAGGACUGGAUCGAGGCUAGCAUUCCUGUACAGGAGGAGGCUGGGAAGCAGGAGAGGAGCAGUUGUAGCCGGUAUGAGCUGGACUUGGUGAAGAACCUGUCUGCACUUGGAAUCAGACCCGGUCUGGAACCGGUUCACAACCUGUCUGCGCUGGCAUCAGGUCCAGAGAGCGUCUUCUCCAAUCUGAACCAAGAGGGCUGUAAAGAUGGAUGGACCUACAGUACUGAGCAUUACCAGUCUACUGUAGUCACUGAGUUUAAUCUGGUGUGCAGUGACCAGUGGAAACAGCCUCUGACCUCUUUUGUCUACUUUCUGGGAGGACUGACCGGAUGCUUAUUCUCUGGACAGAUCUCUGACCGCUUUGGCAGGAAGCCUGUACUGUUUGGUGGCAUCGGCAUGCUUAGCGUCUUCAGUUGUGCUCUGGCCUUUGCUCCUUCCUGGCCCAUCUUUACCGUGCUCUUCUUCAUGAUGGGCCUGGGUCAGAUUGCCUGCUACAUAGUUGUGUUUGUACUAGGUUCAGAGAUCCUGAUUGGUUCAACUAGAGUUUUGUUCUCCAACAUGGCCCUGCCUAUUAUCUACACGACUGGUAUGAUGGUGCUGCCUGGCACUGCGUACCUGGUCAGAAACUGGAGACAUCUAUCGCUGAUUAUGGCUGUGCCAGGCCUGGCCUGUAUCCCCUUCUGGUGGCUCGUUCCAGAGUCUCCUCGCUGGUUGCUGUCUCGUGGACGUUUGUUGAAUGCCGAACUCCUGCUGAGGGCAGCAGCCCUGGAGAAUAAGGUGGAAGCUCCAAAAGUCAUCUUCCUCCCGUCAAAAGGUGACGAAGCAGCAAGUCAGAAGGCCAAGUCCCUUGGUUUCCUGGACCUGCUGAGGACCAGAAACAUUCGAAAUAUGACCCUUGUGCAGUGGCUUAUCUGGUUUUCUGUAAGUGUAAGCUACUUUGGACUGUCAUUCAACAUGUCUAGUAUCUAUGGCAGCCCCUUCCUAAACUACUUCCUGCUGACAGUUGUUGAGCUCCCGGCGUACACUGCUAGCUGGCUGGCUGCGCGCAGUUUUCCUCGCCGCCUGUCCUUUAUUAGCUUCACCCUGCUGGGGGCGCUAGCUCUGCUCCUCAUCCAGAUCACAAAACACAGUCAUCUAGCUGUCACCCUGACCCUGGUGCUGGUGGGUAAAUUUGGCAUUCUGGCAGGAACCGGGAUGUUGUACACAUUCACCGGUGAGCUGUCUCCCACAGUCAUCAGGAACACAGCAAUGUCAUCCUGUGCCACGUUCUCCAGAGUGGGGUCCUCUGUCUCUCCAUACCUGAUGCAGCUGGCUGUCUUCUAUCAGUUCCUUCCGUGGAUAGUUGUGGGAUCUCUGUCAUUGCUCAGUGUUGUGCUCUCUGUCUUCCUGCCUGAGACCUUCAGACAGCCGCUUCCUGACACCAUCGAGCAGAUGGCGCAAACACAGAGGUUCAGAUGGCCAUGGGCCUCUACGCCUCCUCCGAAGGAUGACGGGAAAUCAGCUAAAGAUCAGAUUGCAGAGACUGCACCUGACAUCAUCUGCUCAACUCAACUAUAAGACUCCUGACAACAUUAUCCAACAUUAUGUUAGAAAUGACAAUUUAUUCUGCUUUGUUAGGAUGGUGACUGGGAGAGGACAGUCUAUUAGUAGUAUAGUAUUAUAACAUUUUGUCAUCUUGCCGUAAUGCAGGAACUACUGCAAAACUUCACUGAAAAUAAGGACACACAUCACAAUGACUAUACUUUUUCAUUAAACAAAUGAAAAAGUGUGCUUAACCUUAAAGCUGAACUCACUUGCUGUAUUUCUGAUUUACUGUGCUUCCUCUCAAGGCUUGACACUGGUGUAUUUGAGAUGAUCAACAAGUGACAAUUGUCUCAAGUCUCUUCAUAAACAUGAAUUGAAAAUGAAUGUACAGACUCAGGGUGGCACGAUGUGUAAUGUAGCAUUGCCCAUUUAGAACGGACAAUAUAAAGUUGUGUUUUUGUUGUGUAUAUAGAUAAUAAUAGGGAUAAACAUAUAGAUGUGUGUAUAUUUAAUGUGAUGAAUACAUGAAUCAAUUUAAAUAAAAAGAAAAUCUGUUAUAAAUCA